AUGACGUAUUUAGAAUGCGUAAUUAAGGAGUCGAUGAGAAUCUAUCCUUCUUUUCCUUUUAUUGCAAGACAAAAUCCUUCGGAAAUGAAAAUAGGUAAUUACGUGUUACCUGCAAAUUCGACUCUUCUCAUAAGUAUCUAUGGCAUCCAUCAUAAUCCUUCUGUUUACGAAAAUCCCGAAGUGUUCGAUCCGGAUCGUUUCCUACCUGAAAACUAUAAAAAUCUUCAUACUUUUGCAUUUUUGCCAUUUUCUGCCGAUCCACGAAAUUGUCUCGGAAGUAAACUUGCCAUGAUUAAAAUGAAAAUGGUUUUGGCAAAUGUUCUUCGAAAUUUUAAAGUUUACUCUUUGGACCCUCAAGAUAAGAUCGUUACUUCUGUGGAAGCUCUUUUGACCCCAAUUUCAGGUAUAAGAAUGUGUUUAGAAAUACGAUGAAUGUUAUAUGAUCUAAGAUAAACGUUGGGGUAAUUUUUAUUAUAAAUAUAUAACUUAUAAUGUAGACGUGUGCAUUUAGAAACUGUAUCAAAAUAAUUCUACCCAUUAUUAAACUUUACUCAUUAAUUGUAUUUCAUAUUUUGAUACAUAAAAGUGAUAAGAAUAGAAUGUAUUGUGAUUACUGUUAUUAAAUCUGUUUUACAAUAAUACUAUUUUUUGCUGUUUAUUGCAUUUUAUUUAUUUAUCACAUUGAUCAUUUCUCAUAUUUAAUUUUACGUAAAUUAAACUGUUGUUAACGAUCUAUUGUUCGUAUUUACCUGUAUUGUAUGAAUUGGGCCGAACAUAUAUGAUUCAGUUAAUAAUGUAUUGUAUACAAAAUAUUUGUAUUUCAUUUUAGUAUUUUUCUGAUAUGCUAUGAAAUGAAAAUUGUACAAAUCCAUAUUUAAUAAAGAUAUUUAAAAUAUUUGACUAUUAAUGUAUACCUAUUAUUAACACAAAUACUAUGAUUCUAUGGCAGAGAGUUCGAUAAACACUACUCGCCUUUCAUAUAAAAUGUAUACAAUUGCCAAAGAAAAAGGUCCAAAAACUUAACACGAUAUUACAUAUUAUAGGAGUGAAAAUUGAAUUCCAUAAAUGAAAUAUAAUGGUGAAUCAGAUCCUCAUAAAGGGUUUCUCACAAUAAAUGAAAAAGUAUUUAAAAAUUGUAGCAAUUCUUGUAGAACGUGGUACUUAUACAAUUCCAGUUAGAUAAGAAUUUACAUAAAAUUGUCUGUUUAUCUUAUUCUACAGUCUGUUUAUGGAAAGAAUCAACUUGAGAGCGACGUCCAUAUCAUACACACCAUGUCCCAGAGAAAUUCCUAGGGCUUUUCAGCACAUCCUGAUUCGAUCCCAAGUCCUACAGAGUGUGGGCUAUCACUUUAAAUGUAGACCGGAUGGCCGAGCGGUUAAAUCUUAUAAAUUAAUUUUUGAAAACAUUUAUAAGAAUUCUUUGUAAAGCAUUACUAUUUUUCGAUAUACAAUUAAUUAUCGAAAACAAAACAUCCCAUUAAAAAGUUAAUUUGCAAUUGUAAUGCUUUUAGCACAAUUGUAAAUGUAAUUACUGCUAUUUGAUAAAAUGUAAUUACCUAUAUAUCUAUAUAAAUAAUUUCUUCUGUAAUUUAUAAAACAUAUUAGUAACAAUACACAGCGGUCGUUUCAAACAAUUGUAACUUCGAAAAAAAUUUUAUUUUAUAACAUACACAUUAAUAAAAUUAUAUUUAAAACACGAAAGUUUGAAAAAAUAAUGACUGAUCAGUUUUUCAAUCAUAUAAAAUUAGUUAAUAUAAGAAAAACAUAAAAGCUGACCCAAAAAUCGAUUAACCAUAUUAAAAUGCCCGUGUCAAUAGCAUUUUUUCUCUUGUUCUCUCCUAGUUUCAAUAAAUAUUCCUAGUCAUAACAGGUGCAAAUCUGUUUCGAAGUUCCAGUACAACGUCCUCUUUUACGAUUGA